UAAGAAAUGAGAAGCCUCCCACAUCAGAUCUUCUGAAUUUGUUUUUUGCUGUAGGAGAAAAGGACCCAUGCUCUCCUAUUGUUCCAAGACUUCAGCCCAAACACAGUUCUUUUGUUGCUUUCCUGUUCAGAAGAGGAAGUGAGAAAUUUCCCUCCACAUGUGCUCCAGCGCUUGGACGCUCAGGUUUCACUCCUGAAUCAGGAGCCGCCUGUAAUGAGCUCCCGGUGGGGCUUGGAGAGAAGGUUCAGCUGGGGCAAGAGUUGUUUCAUUUUGUGCCAAAGGAGGAGGAGAGGAAGAAAAGCUGCAAAGAACUGAAAUGUUGAUGGUGCAAAAAGUUGUCUAAGAGUAUUGCAGUUCGGAAAGUAAAAGAGAAGAAGAAAACAGAGGAAGGUACAAAGAAAUAGAGCAGCAGGAUGGGAAACUUUUGUCAGAGGCAUUGCAUCUGUUUGCAGCCCUGUAUCCCUUGCGUAUUCUCACGGGGAGAAAAUGAUCGGAAUGAGGUUGGCCAGGUCUUCGCCAACCCUGCUGUCACAGGAGAUGCCUUCCAAACAGGGCAGAAAGACAGAUACAGUGAAAUAAGAGGUAAACCUUUGCCUUCGCUGCCUGGGGAGCAUCUGGUGAAUACUCGCAGAUUUGUGGCACUCUUUGACUAUGAGGCUCGGACUGAAGAGGACUUGAGCUUCCAAGCUGGCGACAAGCUUGAAGUGCUGGAUGCUUCCCACGAGGGCUGGUGGUAUGCUAGGCUCCUCCUGCCGAGGGGGUCAGUCUGUCCCGGCCGCAAGCUCCAGGGCUACAUCCCUGCCAACUACAUAGCUGCUGACCAGACCAUUGAAGCUGAACUAUGGUUUUUUGGCCCAAUCAAGCGAGCAGAUGCAGAAAGACAACUAUCUUAUCCUGGAAACCAGGCAGGAGCCUUCCUAAUCAGAGAAAGCGAAAGUCUAAAAGGAGAAUUUUCACUUUCAGUUUUUGAUGGUGAAUCUGUGAAGCACUACAGGAUCAGAAAGCUGGAUGAAGGUUUUUUCUUAAACCGACUGAGAACUUUUGCAACUCUGAAUGAGUUUGUUGACUAUUACAGUAAAAACAAUGAUGGCCUCUGCAUAACACUUGGGAAGCCAUGUCUAAAGGUACAAACUCCUACUACUUUUGAUUUGUCUUAUAAAACUGUGGAUCAGUGGGAGAUAGACCGAAGCUCUCUGAAAUUGUUGAAAAAAUUAGGAUCUGGUCAGUUUGGUGAGGUAUGGGAAGGACUGUGGAAUAAUACCACCCCUGUGGCGAUCAAAACAUUAAAACCAGGUUCAAUGGAUCCAAAGGACUUUCUGAGGGAAGCACAGAUAAUGAAGAACUUGAGACAUCCAAAGCUAAUACAGCUUUAUGCUGUUUGCACUUUAGAGGAUCCAAUUUAUAUUAUUACUGAGCUGAUGAGAUAUGGAAGUCUUCUAGAAUACCUUCAAAAGGAUGCGGGCUCCCAAAUCCAUCUGUCACAUCAAGUAGACAUGGCUGCUCAGGUGGCCUCAGGGAUGGCUUACCUGGAAACCCGGAACUAUAUUCAUCGGGAUUUGGCAGCCAGGAAUGUCCUUGUUGGUGAACACAGUAUUUGCAAAGUGGCAGAUUUUGGACUUGCAAGAGUUUUUAAGGUAGAAAAUGAAAAUAUAUAUGAAACUAAGCACGAAACAAAACUCCCAGUGAAAUGGACAGCCCCAGAGGCAAUCCGCUUGAAUAAAUUCAGCGUUAAGUCAGAUGUGUGGUCGUUUGGAGUACUUCUAUUUGAAAUUAUGACUUAUGGGAAGAUGCCCUAUGCUGGUAUGACAGGACAGCAAGUGCUCCAGAUGCUGGAUAAGGGAUACAGACUUCCUCAGCCAGACAACUGCCCAAAGCCGCUGUAUGAUAUCAUGCUGCAGUGCUGGAAGGCGAAUGCCAAAGAACGACCCACAUUUGAAACCUUGCAAUGGCAGCUGGAAGACUAUUUUGAAGUGGAUGAUUUAUCCUAUUCAGAAACACAUACUAUUUUAAAAUGAACCCUGAGGCAGGGCCUGAGCAAAAAAAUAAUGAUCACUUCAAUGAACAUGACUAGGAGGGUCACUGUGAAAUCAAUGUAACCUCAAAUGUAGAAUGAGAGGUUAUUAGAUGAAACUAAGGAAUUUGGUACAUUUUCACGCCUGUGUCAGUACUUAAGGACAGUUCAAAUUUUUGCUGCUGGUAAGUAUUUUGCAAGAUAGCAUCAGGAGGCUGGAGGGGUGGGGGCUUCUAAAAUAUAAACUCUCUUCUAUUUAUUUUUUGAAUA